AUGGAGAACGGUACAAACCACACGCAGGACCGCGCGCACGGAGCGCAGGAGAAAGAGGAUGGAGACGGGCAGAACAGCGUGCGCGCGCUGCUGGGGUUCGUGCUCUUCCUCCUGAUCAUCUCCACGCUGCUCGGGAACACGCUAGUGUGCGCCGCCGUGGUCAAAUUCAGGCACCUGCGCUCCAAAGUGACCAACUUUUUCGUAAUUUCUCUAGCCGUGUCCGAUCUCUUCGUGGCUGUCCUGGUGAUGCCGUGGGAGGCGAUAUCCGCGGUGGCGGGCACGUGGCUCUUCGGUCGGUUUUGCGCCAUCUGGAUCGCCUUUGACAUCAUGUGCUCCACCGCGUCCAUCCUUAACCUGUGCAUCAUCAGCGUGGACCGGUACUGGGCCAUCGCGAGCCCGUUCCGGUACGAGCGCAAGAUGACCCACCGGGUGGCUUUUAUGAUGAUCGGGGUGGCAUGGACCCUUUCCAUCCUCAUCUCCUUCAUCCCGGUUCAGCUCAACUGGCACAUGGCAGGGGAUGAGGAGGAGGGAGCAGCGCGCAACGGCACCAACUACACCGACAACUGCAAAGCCAACCUGAACAGGACGUAUGCAAUCUCCUCUUCCCUGAUAAGCUUCUAUAUUCCCGUUAUCAUCAUGAUCGCCACUUACACGAGGAUAUUCCGUAUUGCGCAAACACAGAUCCGCAGGAUCUCUUCUUUGGAGAGGGCAGUGGAGCAGGCGCAAAACCACCACCAGUCCAACGAUUGCGCACACGAGAACUCUCUUAAAACCACCUUCAAGAAAGAGACCAAAGUUUUAAAAACACUCUCCAUCAUCAUGGGAGUAUUUGUGUUUUGCUGGCUGCCGUUUUUCGUGCUCAACUGUAUGGUGCCCUUCUGUCAGUGCGUCAGUGACACUACCUUCACCAUCUUUGUGUGGUUCGGAUGGGCCAAUUCCUCCCUCAAUCCCGUAAUUUACGCGUUUAACGCAGACUUCAGGAAGGCCUUCUCUUCUAUUUUGGGUUGUAAUAAAAUUUUCCCCAGCACCAUGGUGGAAACGGUGAAUUUUAGUAACGAAUUGGUGUCAUAUCACCACGACACGACGCUUCAGAAGGAAGCGCAGCCGCUGGCCGUUCAGCUGCAGCAUACAGUGUCGAACCCUCGAGAGGAGCCGAGCCUCCCCUAUGAUAAGGAUUCGGUCACUUCUAACGUGUCCCGGAAUCAUAAAAACAUGCUUUUGCCCAACCUCGGGCAUUUUGAGUGCGACGGGGAGAUUUCCCUGGACACUAUCACACCGUUUACCUCAACGGGACUUACAGAGUGCGAGGGCAUCCCCGGUCAAAUCAUUAAUGAAUGA